CGACGUGUGGUCACUGCUAGUCAGCCAGCUGCCGGAGGCACUUUGGCCUUUGCGAAGGAGUCGAGGCUGCUUUGUCCAUCAGCCGAGUUCGCUCUUGCUGGCAGUAUGACGGCCAUCGCGGUUCAGGCUCAGAAGCUACUGGCUCAGAAGAGGCCGGCCAAGUCCUUCUUUGAAUCAUGCAUCCGAUCCCUGAUCAUUCUGUGUGCUGCCUUUGCUGUGGUCCUGUCUUCCAUCUCUAUAUGUGAUGGCCACUGGCUCCUAGUGAAGGAUCAACUCUUUGGCUUGUGGCACUUCUGUGCCUUCACCAAUAAUAGUGAGCUGAAUUGCUUCACAGACUUGCAUCUUGCCCAGGUGGAUGGAGUAGCAGUGGGCAUGGUCCUGGCCCGAAGUAUGGGGGCUCUGGCUGUGGUGGUGGCCAUCUUUGGCCUGGAGCUCCUGAUGGUCUCCCAGGUGUGUGAAGAUGCUCACUCCCGGCGGAAAUGGGCCAUGGGCUCCAUCCUCAUCCUAAUCUCUUUUGCCUUCUCUUCUAUGGGUCUCUUCAGUUUUGUGAUCCUCUUCAAGGACCAGGUCACCUUCACAGGUUUCACCUUGAUGUUUUGGUGUGAAUUCACCUCUUCCUUCCUCUUCUUUCUAAAUGGAAUCAGUGGCCUUCACAUCAAUAGCAUCACGUACCAGUGGAAUGAACCAAAGAAUUUUUAGAAAAUGAGAGAGAACUCCUUCCUGAGAAUGAUUUUCUACUUGAUGGCUGAGAGAAAUAGACUCUGCAAAGCCACUGACUUCUUUCAAGCCAUAUACCAUUUUUUUGUGGAGCUUUUGAUUUUUUUUUCCCAAACAAAAUACCUUGUUCUUAUUCAUCCAGAAGUCUCGAGAAAAAGUUUUGGAGUCAAGGUUCAGAUGCCAGUUUUUUUGCAGAAGAGAAGUGACAUUUAAGUUAAAUAGGCUGGAGCUAUGGGAACAAUUUAAGCAGGGGUCAAAUAAAGAGCUGACAGUAUUCCAAAAUUUUAUUUCUAAGAUAGAAAGAUGCCCUAUGAAAGGUUGCAUGACCUUUGGGCUAUGCAGUCAAGGAAACCCCAGAUGACAACUCUGUAGCAGAGGACAAAGUGGGGGAGGGAGGGAAGAGUCCAUCUAGAUUCAAUAGGUAGGGAGCCCAAGACAAUUAAGUUCCUUUUUCAAAUGUAUUUUUUUUAAAUUAAAGAAUUUUAAUUUCUCUGCCUUUCCUCAACAAUAUUUGAAUAGUGUUGAUUCCAUGCAGGAUUUCUAGCAGGAAAUUCACACUUAAAUUUUUCUGUAUUAGCAUAGGGUUCACUGAGUUGCUAAAAAUAACUCAAGCUAGAUUAUUCUUGAGGAACUCCUCCCUCCUCGGCCCAGAUCUUCAAAGAUUCAUCUUUGACCUCAAAAAGCUUCCUCCAGAAGUAACUUCUGCAGUUGACUUUAAUGGAACACCAUUAAAAGAGGAUAAUAUACAUCAGAGCAGUUUCUAAGGACUACUGCUUAGUCUGGUUUGGUUACAUUUACAUCCUGCCUCCUUCUUCCCUUCUUAAAAAUCUCUGUAUCCUUUCCUUUUCCUGCCUCUUCUUCCUCUUCCCCCACCAUAAUUCAAACUCAAAGGCCAGUUUUGUUCUGAAAUGUACAGGAAAAUAGAGUAAAAAUACUUAUCUUUAAUUUUCAGUAUUCUUAACCAUUCUUCUUAUAAGACCCCAUCCACUCUUUAAAAAGAUAAAUCCUUCCCUGAGAAUAGCCACUUCCAUUCAAACUGGAGCAAUUUCCUAAGGUUGGCCACCAUUUUAUUGUUGAAAGGAGAAAGAAAUUGAGAGAAUUUUAUUCCUUACACAUCUCAUAAAGUUUUUAUUUAUCUUUAUUAGAUUCUUUUAUUAAACAAUUUAAAAAUCUUCGGUAGUUCAUUUUCCUCAAUAUAGAAUAACCAUGGAGCGCCUAAAGGGAGGGUUACCCAUCUGACAGCCUUCUGAGAUAUGUGACUGAUCUGGAACUCGAGAUGUUUUUAGAAUCCCUUGAACAAAUUAGCUCAAUAAAAACUUUUAGGUGAUAUGGUUUAAUUGGAUCCCUGAAUUUGGGGGUGGAGUAUUUCAAUCACUAUAUAGUUCGGCUCUGUGGGGAUAUAUAUAUAGUUGUGGCUAUGGGGAUACUUGUGAGAAAAAGGGGCUCAGAUGUAGGAUUACUGCUUACUGCUUUCUACCUGCUGGCCAGGUGAUUUUCCUUUUCUGAUCAAGCUCAACAGUGUUUGUUUCAUUGUUUUUUUCUGCUUACUGAGUUGGCUUUUACUGACUUCUAAUGUCAGGGACACAUUCGUGUAUGUGCCUGUGAGUUGCUGUGUUUAUGCUUGCUUGCUUAAGCAGGCGCCACUAACUACUUAAAUGGAAGAGUAAAUUAAUUUAGUGUUUUCCAUUCCUCGAGCACAGCUUGUUUAAAAGCAAGAAGUCUUAAUUAGUACACAUACCUUGACCUGCUGGACUUUGCCAAUUGUUGGGUGUCAGACCUUGGAUAAUGAUUAAUAUCCCUCAUUGAGUUUCUGUGUUUUCUAGGAGGAGGGUUCCUUCUUAGGUAGGAAAAUAAAGAUUAUCAUCUUUGCCAGCUGGGAUUUAUCUGCAUUCUUUAGCUUUGCAUUGUCUCCUUUCUAGGUCCUCCCAAGGCCAGUUUGGGGUGAAGGAUUUCCCUCAGUCCAUGACAUUCAUUCCUAUCAGUUGACAUUCUUUUCAUUUCUAUAGCUCUACCCCUCAGGUCUCCCCUCUCCCCCUGUGCAUCUGGUCUAUACUGGUUAAUCUCAAUCUCUUCCCUUCUGUUCAGACUUGUACUCAAACAUUUUUUUUUUCCUUCCCUUUAUGAGCCCCUAGCAGAGACCUAGCUUAGUACAACUGAGUUCUACCAGCUGUGUCUUUCUGGUCCCCUGCCUUGUUAGAGCUCUUGGAAGUGAUGGCUGGCUCUAUGCCGGGAUAAGUUCUUUUUUUUACCAAGAUAGUAAUUACUUGAUUUCAGUAUUUAUUUGGAAGACCCUUGGGGAAAUGGGAAAAAGUCUGGAAAAGGUAUCUAUGCUCCUGGUUUAUUUUAGGCACUUAUAUGGCUGCGUUUAAAAAGCAGAACAUCCUUCUGGACAUAAAAAAAAAGAAAAGAAUCUUUCUGGGGGAAGACUACAGGGAACAAGGAUAAUAAGUGUUUGUCAGUAAUCUUUAUUAUGGCAUCAUGGGAGAGACAAGAUGAAAUUACCUACAACCAGAUUCCAUUCCCCUAAAAUCAGACUGUUAGUAGAUUGGGACCUUUGUGAAACUGAGUAGGGAUUCACAAGGAUUAAGGAUUUGGAGGCAGUUUUUCCUAACCAGCUAAUUGGAGAUUGGUGGCAUUCUGAAUGACAAAAGACACCAGUAGGGUAAAGGUAAGAGGCUAAAGCAGAAAGACUUCCUCCUCUUUAUUUCACCUCUCUGGCAAGAGAGACCAGACAUUACGCACAGACAUUUUCUAUCUAUGUUCUAAAUACAAAAUAUGAUUAUUUGUACUUAGACAUUUUCUAUCUCCUAAAUGCAAAAGGCAAAAAUGUGCACUUUUUCCAGUGUUUCCUUUAAAUAAGAACUAAGUCAUGUUCAAUAAAGUAAUUCACAUCAUACAA